AUCGGCGUUAUUGAUUUUUCUUCACAAUUUCCACUGGCAAUAAACGAAAUGCAUUGAAAAGUGUUUAUAUAAAAUAAAAAAAAACCGUAGGCCUUGAGAUUUUGAUAUAUUUUUUCAAGUGAAUCCUUAGGUAGUUUCUUAAUUUAUCGGGUCAUAUUUUGUUUUUUCUCAUUUACAAAACACGUAUACAUUUCGCUUCAUCAGCAUCAAAAUCUCAAUUUAAGUGAAGAAACAAGAAACGGACUUCGGAAUGAGUGACGCAAUUGAUUCAGAUGAUGAACGUUAUGCAAAUGCAUCUUUCGAAAAUGACACCGAUGAAGAAAUUCCGGAAAUGACUGAUCUGGAAAGCGAAACCGAAAAUAGUGGCAACGAAGAUGACGCUUUGCCUUCAGUUAAAGCAAACGCGGUAAACGGCAGUUACAUUCAUCGCUUAUCGAAACGUAUAAGUUCUACGCGAAAGUACGGCUACAGUAAUCGCAGAAUGCGUAACAAUUCUUCUUCUGAGGAGGAGAUUGAUGCAACCGCAAAUGAAACACAGGAGGAAAUUGCAACCGAACCAAUGUGUUUCGAUGAAGAUUUGCCACAAGCGUCAAAAAAGGGUAGCUGUCGCAAUGGUUACAAUAUUGAACAACGUAAUACCACUGAGUAUUGUACUGAGGACGAUGAUGAAGAUUACAAACAAAUCGAAGUCAUGGAAAGCCGAUACAAGAAGUUCAUGAAACAAAACUCUGUGGUUGCAAACGGUGAGGCCAUUGAACAAAAUGAUCUCUGCUCCGAAGAAGAUGAGGUCAGUGAAACUUUCGAAGAAAGCGAAAUGGAAGAUGACAAGGGUAGUCGUGAGGAAUAUUUCGAGCAAGAAGAAUUAAGGGAUGAAGAGGAACUGCCAAAGUCAGAACGACAAACGAGUCCUGGUUGCAAUAAUUAUGCAGGCAGCAAUAACUUGAUUAAAGCAGAUCAAAGCUUCCCACCGACUAAUAUUAUUCGAAUGCUACAAGAAUCGUUGUAUAAAAUGAAGGCCAGUGAAGAGUACAUUUUGCCUGCUAAUGAUACAUUGCACCCUGCUGAGCUAAAUAUUGACUUCGAGCAAAUGAACAUACCGAAUUCUCAAGAGAUUGCAAUGGCUCUAAUGGAUGCUGUAAAAACUACGAUCUUAGAAAAUUCGAAUGAGGAAACGAUUCGUCAAAGCAAUGUAAAUAACAUUAAAUCGAACAGCGAACAAGAUGUAAAUAGUGAGCAAGGAUGCGAUUCCGUUAAUGAUAAUCAAACUCCUCGAUGUCUCGAGCAAAUGAAGACUGAAGACCCUGGAGAAGACCAAAUGCAAGAGGUGGUCAGAGCUAAUAGUAAAAUCGAGUGCAUUGAUAUGGAAGAUAUGGAUGAUGAUAUGAGCGAAACGCAAAUGAGCUUCUGCCACCCGAUAUGUGCCUACAAGUCUGAUGAAUCUUUAUUUAAACGGGGCUUUUACAAAGAACUUCAAACGUCAUCGGCAGAAAAGGUUAAGGCUACUUCUCAAAAUCGCAAAAGUUGGAGCUUCUCAAACGAACGUAUGCGUGAAAUCGAGCGUCAUAAUCGAAUAUUAUUGCGUAAGAUAUUAUCCCAGAAACCAACGUACACAAUGAAUUCUCAACAAAAGCUUCAACACAAACUGACCACUUCUUCGCCAUAUCCCAAUACCCGUGUAUCCAGUGCGGCCGUUAAUCGCAAAAAGCAACAACGGCAAAUCGACCUUGACAAUCAGGUGUUAAAACGCAAAAUCGAAGCCAUAUCCUUACGACGCGGCCCGAUGCGGCCAUGAUAUCAUGUUCAUCUUUCAUCUAUUUUAGAACCGACCGAAUCGAAGGCAUGUUUUUUUUUCUAUUUUUAAUUUUGUAGAUAUUUCGUUGUUAUAUUUCCGCUCCAUUUAUUUAGCAAAUAAAUAAGAUCUUUUAUUUUAACACAA